CUUCACUUCCAGCCAGGACAGCCGCAACAACUCCGGACAAACCUGCCCACCCACCAUGGCGAAGCCUCUCACCGACCAGGAGAAGCGCAAGCAGAUCAGCAUCAGGGGGAUUGUGGGAGUGGAGAAUGUAGCGGAGCUGAAGAAGGGCUUCAAUCGUCACCUGCACUUCACCCUGGUGAAAGACAGGAACAUUGCAACACCCAGGGAUUAUUACUUUGCCCUGGCUCACACUGUGAGAGAUCACCUGGUGGGGAGAUGGAUCAGAACACAACAGUUUUACUAUGAAGCAGACCCCAAGAGGGUGUAUUAUCUGUCUCUGGAGUUCUACAUGGGCAGGACUCUCCAAAACACGAUGAUCAACCUGGGGCUGCAGAACGCCUGCGAUGAAGCCAUCUACCAGCUGGGCCUGGACAUGGAGGAGCUGGAGGAGAUGGAGGAGGAUGCAGGUCUGGGGAAUGGAGGUCUGGGAAGACUGGCAGCAUGUUUCUUGGAUUCGAUGGCUACCUUGGGUCUGGCGGCAUACGGUUAUGGCAUCCGAUAUGAAUAUGGAAUCUUUAACCAGAAGAUAAGAGACGGCUGGCAGGUGGAGGAGGCAGACGAUUGGCUGAGGCAUGGAAACCCGUGGGAGAAAGCACGUCCUGAGUACAUGCUGCCGGUUCAUUUCUAUGGACGAGUAGAGGAGACGAGAGACGGCUCCAAAUGGGUCGACACUCAGGUGGUUUUGGCGAUGCCCUACGACACACCCAUCCCUGGCUACAUGAACAACACUGUAAACACCAUGAGGCUGUGGUCCGCCCGGGCGCCCAACGACUUCAACUUGAGAGACUUUAAUGUUGGAGAUUACAUCCAGGCUGUUCUGGACAGAAAUCUGGCGGAGAACAUCUCCCGUGUUCUCUACCCCAAUGACAAUUUCUUUGAAGGAAAAGAACUUCGUCUGAAGCAGGAGUACUUCGUUGUGGCGGCCACACUCCAAGACAUCAUCCGCCGCUUCAAGACCACUAAGAAGGGCACCCCCGGCCGAACCUCCUUCGAGAGCUUCCCAGACAAAGUCGCCAUCCAGCUGAAUGACACUCACCCGGCCAUGGCCAUCCCCGAGCUGAUGAGAAUCUUUGUGGACAUUGAGAAACUCGACUGGGACACAGCCUGGGACCUCACUAGGCGCACUUUUGCCUACACCAACCACACAGUCCUCCCUGAGGCUCUGGAGCGUUGGCCUGUGGAGCUGCUGGAGACCCUCCUGCCCAGACACCUGCAGAUCAUCUACCAGAUCAACCAGGUCCACCUCGAUAGGAUUGCAGCUCUCUUUCCAAAAGACAUGGACAAGCUGCGGAAAAUGUCUCUGAUUGAAGAAGACGGAUGCAAGAGGGUGAACAUGGCGCACCUGUGCAUCGUGGGAUCUCACGCCGUUAAUGGGGUUGCUGAAAUACACUCCAACAUCAUCAAGACUCAAGUAUUCCGUGAUUUCAGUGAACUGGAACCGAAGAAGUUUCAGAACAAAACCAACGGCAUCACUCCCAGACGCUGGCUGCUGCUCUGCAACCCCGGACUGGCUGAGCUUAUAGCUGAGGUGAUCGGGGAGGACUAUGUGAAGGACCUCAGCCAGCUACAGAAGCUCAACGACUUUGUUGACGAUGCUGCCUUCAUCCGUGACGUCUCCAAAGUCAAACAGGACAACAAGGUGAAAUUUGCCCAGUACCUGGAGAAAGAGUACCGGGUGAAGAUAAACCCAUCCUCCAUGUUUGACGUCCAUGUGAAGAGAAUCCACGAGUACAAGCGACAGCUGCUCAACUGCCUGCACAUCAUCACCAUGUACAACCGCAUCAGAAAGAACCCCACUGCACCUUUCGUACCACGAACAGUGAUCAUCGGAGGAAAGGCUGCUCCUGGGUAUCACUUGGCAAAGAUGAUUAUCAAGCUGAUCACUGCAGUGGCUGAUGUGGUCAAUAACGACCCUGUGGUGGGAAACAAGCUGAAGGUCAUCUUCCUGGAGAACUACAGGGUCUCCCUAGCAGAGAAAGUGAUACCUGCCACAGAUCUGUCAGAGCAGAUCUCCACUGCUGGCACUGAGGCGUCAGGAACAGGUAACAUGAAGUUCAUGCUGAACGGAGCUCUGACCAUCGGCACGAUGGACGGCGCCAACGUGGAGAUGGCCGAGGAGGCCGGAGAGGAGAACCUGUUCAUCUUCGGCAUGAGGGUGGAGGACGUGGCUGAAAUGGACAAAAAUGGAUAUGAUGCCAUGUCGUACUACAAGAAGAUUCCAGAGCUGAAACAAGUGAUGGACCAGAUCACCAGUGGAUUUUUCAGCCCCAGAAAUCCAGAUAUGUUCAAAGACCUCACUAACAUGCUCUUCAAAUACGACCGUUUCAAAGUGUUUGCAGACUUUGAAGACUACGUGAAAUGCCAAGAGAAAGUCAGCAAUCUCUACCAGAAUCCAAAGGAGUGGACGAAGAUGGUGAUCAAGAACAUCGCUGCCACAGGAAAGUUCUCCAGCGACAGAACCAUCACAGAGUACGCCACUGAGGUGUGGGGCGUCGAGCCGACCGACCUGAAGAUCCCGCCCCCGAAUGAGCCGAGAGAGGCCAUCGAAGAAACGGCCAGAGCUCUGAAGAAAAUCUGAGGCACCAAGAGCUGCCUCUGUGUUUACAAAUCACUUACUGCUCCUUUCCCGUCCUGCUUUUAGCCAUCAAAUUACACAGUAAUGAACUUUUUCAAGAACUUUGGGUGUUUCAGAAAUCACGUCUGCACAUGUUUUCAUUUCCUGAACACUUUUUAUUGUCCAAGCACUUGCAUUAGAAAUGGUCUGUUACAGUCCUUUAGCACCGGCACAUACAGUAAACCGAGGGUGAGCGUGGAGAGCUCGGAGGUCAAACUUGCUAAUAAUUUGUUCAUAUUUGACAUUCCUGGAGUUCAGGAUCUGGUGGGGGUUUCUGCAUGUCAGGAAUUCAGUAGGAUGGCAGCAACAGAGCAGCUGACUACACUCAAUUUUUAAUGACAUUCCUGCAACUUUCAGCUGUAUGUACUGAGUGACAAAGCCUGUCUGUACUCCAGGCAGAUUUACAUGGGUCUGCAUCAACAUAACUAGUCAAACCUACUUCAUUAGACAUCUUCAGUAUUUUGUCCCUGUGUUGAAAUAAAAACUUUGUGUAACAUAACUUGCGUGUUUAGUGCUUUUAUUU